UUUCUCUGUUUAUUUAUGUCAAAAUGGGUGGACAGAAGUUAUUGUGAAAAACAAGUUUUAAUGUUUUUCUUCCAUUAAUCGACAAUAUAACAAUUUGAGGAUGCGGUGGAGUGAGGCAGUUACACUAGAAUUUGUUAAGAUUUAUAUAAAACACGAGUGUCUCUGGAAUCCUUCACAUCCUGGAUACAAAUUGAGAUAUCAAAGGGAACAGGCAUAUUUAGAUAUUAGCGAAGAAUUCAAGAGUGCCACCAUGAAAUCCCUCACUGUUCCUGAAGUAAAAAUGAAGAUAAAGAACCUUAGGACGACGUAUGUACAACAAGUGCACAAAAUAUUACAGAAAUCGAGUCCUGACUCAAUCUAUGAACCUUCCCUAGUUUGGUUUCAUGAAAUGGAUCGCUGUCUUAAACACGUGCCCAGUAAUCGACAUUCAGGCUCUUUCAAUAACUCCCAAGACCCUCCAGAUGUAGACUCAUCAUGCCAAAUCUGGGUCGACCAGGAAUUACAAAGUGCCAACAUGGAAGAACCAAACCCCGACCCAUUAGUCCCACAAACAGAUGAUGAAUAUGAUUCAACAAAACUUGAGGAACCACCAUCAAAAGUAAAAAUAGAAAGACAUUCUUCCCCAAUUUAUUACAAGAAAAUUAAAAAGAAGAAACUCAAACACCGGGCUGCCACAAGGAAAUAUUCAAGUGAUUCCACUCAGCCAUGUACGAAAGAGGAUGAAUUUGAUAUCUAUGGUAAAUAUAUUGCUUCCCAACUGAGGAAAAUGGAUCUCCACAAAGCAUUGCGGCUGCAGUUGGAGAUACAGAACCUUGUGAGUGAAGCAAGGAUCUCUGACAUUGUGUCUAGUGAUUAAAAACAUUAUUGGGUAGAUAUAUCAGUAUUUUUACAUGAAUACAGAAUAACAGGCUUCAUUUUCUAUGUGUGAUAAACUGAUAGAGCCAUUUAUUAAUUGUAUAAGUAACAAAUAACUAUUUUAAAUCAAAUCCUACUUAGCUAUAUGAUGUAUAUUUUAUUUUGUAUUUGUUUUGAUUUGUGCAAUUUUAUAUUAUGUUUAUAUGACUUCCAAAGUGAAAAAUAUUAACCAAAGAUUAUUACAAUAAAGUAAAUAUGGACUAAAACA